AUGUAUUCUGCAAGUGGCGCGUCGCCGUGGUCAUCUAAUGGCUACGCCCACCACACUGCUCAACAUGCUUACAUCCCAGUACAAACCCGUAAUCCUUAUGCCUCGUCGCUUCCACCGCCUCCGACCUACAUCCCACAACCACUUAACCACACGCUCCGAACUCCGUCAGCGCCUGGUACAUCAUCUCCUGCAUCAUCAGAUUCAGCGAAACAGAAAGUAGAAUGGCCGCAGACUGUUCGUGACUACGUCAAUAGAUGUUUUGCUGCAGAAACGCAGAUACCUGGAGUUGCUCGGGAAGAAAUGGAGAAAAGGCUCAAGGAUGUCAUUACUGACGCCGCAAAGCGUAAUAUGCUGUAUACAUACCAGUGGGAUGCAAUGCUUCUGCCCCAACAAAUGAUUGCUGAAGAACGAAAACGCGCGGCACUUGGCCUGCAAGCUCUUCCUCCAAAUUUUGUUCCUCCUCCACCACCGCAGCUUCCACUGUCUUAUGCUCCUGGCACUAAUCCAGUUUUACCCGCACAUUCUGGAUCCGAAACACUUAGGAAAAGGAAAUCUUCCGAGAUGAGUGUGGAUAUGGAUAACAAUAACCAGUCACAGCCCCCGUGGCGAACCAAAAAGGGCGGCUCACUCGAAGAUCGCAUGUCGGCUCCUGAUAAACGACAAAGGACAGAAUCUGGGCCGACAUCAAGUAAGUUAAACAGCACCCUGGAACAUCGAAGACGAAGAUUCGAUCUGGAUGGCCGGUCCGGCUCGAAUUCUCCUCGAAAGCAUGCUUCUCCACCAGCACCAGCAGAACCACUAGGUCCAGUCAUUGGUCGCUGUCAGAAGCUUGAAAAGAACUAUUUCCGACUCACUGCUGCCCCCAACCCUGAUCACGUGCGGCCACUUGAUAUCUUAAAGCAAACCCUAGACCUUCUGAAAAAGAAGUGGAAAGAACAGGGCAACUACGGAUACAUUUGCGAUCAGUUCAAGUCGAUGCGCCAAGAUCUAACAGUACAGCACAUCAAGAACGAAUUCACAACGAACGUAUAUGAGAUACAUGCUCGCAUUGCACUGGAAAAGGGUGACCUCGGUGAGUAUAACCAGUGUCAGACGCAGCUUAAAACACUGUAUGCACAAAACCUGGGAGGUCACCCUACCGAAUUUUUGGCUUAUCGAAUCUUGUAUUUUAUCUACACGUGCAACCGAACUGGUAUGAACGACGUGCUUUCCGAACUGACCCAAACAGAUAGACAAUCCAAAGCCGUUAAGCACGCGCUUGCAGUUCGAUCUGCACUGGCGUUAGGUAACUACCAUCAAUUCUUCAAGCUCUACCUUGACCCUCCUAACAUGGGCGCCUACCUGAUGGACAUGUUCAUCGGACGAGAACGAUUGGCGGCACUAGCUUCCAUCAGCAAAGUAUACAAACCCGCCAUCAAGCUACGCUUCAUCACAGAAGAACUCGCAUUCGAAACCGAUGCGGAAGCUGCACAAUUCAUCGUCGACCAUGGUGGCCAAGAAUUGUUGAAAGAGGUGAAGAAAGACGGCGACGACUUUGUACAAAUGGCCACGGGCAACCGACUCUUCGAAGACGCAAAGAAUGCCGCUUUCAGCUCAGUCGAUAUCAAGGGCCAGAUUUAA